AUGGAGAAGAUCUGGCAUCACACCUUCUACAACGAGCUCCGUGUCGCCCCCGAGGAGCACCCGGUCCUGUUGACAGAGGCUCCCAUCAACCCCAAGUCCAACCGUGAGAAGAUGACACAGAUUGUGUUCGAGACCUUCAACGCCCCUGCCUUCUACGUCUCUAUCCAGGCUGUCCUGUCGCUGUACGCCUCCGGCCGUACCACUGGUAUUGUGCUCGACUCUGGCGAUGGCGUCACCCACGUCGUCCCCAUCUACGAAGGUUUCGCUCUCCCGCACGCCAUUGCCCGCCUUGACAUGGCUGGCCGUGACUUGACCGACUACCUGAUGAAGAUUCUGGCUGAGCGCGGCUACGCCUUCUCCACGACGGCUGAGCGCGAAAUCGUCCGUGAUAUCAAGGAGAAGCUCUGCUACGUCGCCCUUGACUUUGAGCAGGAGAUCCAGACGGCGGCCCAGAGCUCCAGCUUGGAGAAGUCGUAUGAGCUCCCUGACGGUCAGGUUAUCACCAUCGGCAACGAGCGAUUCCGUGCCCCCGAGGCACUCUUCCAGCCGUCCGUGCUCGGCUCCGAGAGCGGCGGUAUCCACGUCACCACUUUCAACUCGAUCAUGAAGUGCGAUGUCGAUGUCAGAAAGGAUCUCUACGGAAACAUUGUCAUGUCUGGUGGUACCACCAUGUAUCCUGGUCUCUCGGACCGUAUGCAGAAGGAGAUCACUGCUCUUGCUCCUUCGUCGAUGAAGGUCAAGAUCAUUGCUCCCCCCGAGCGCAAGUACUCUGUCUGGAUCGGUGGAUCAAUUCUGGCGUCCCUGUCCACCUUCCAGCAGAUGUGGAUCUCCAAGCAGGAGUACGACGAGAGCGGCCCGUCGAUUGUGCACCGCAAGUGCUUCUAA